GGCCGGACCGGACUCUGGAUGGCGCAGCCGCGGCCCCCGGCACCCCUCGGCCGUCCGCGGAGGGGGUCGCUGCCUGCAGGGGCCGGCUGGCAGAACACAGAUCUGUUUGAGAUGAUUGAGAAGAUGCAGGGAAGCAGGAUGGAUGAACAGCGAUGCUCAUUCCCACCACCCCUCAAGACAGAGGAGGACUACAUUCCGUACCCAAGCGUCCACGAGGUUCUGGGGCGCGAAGGGCCCUUCCCCCUCAUCCUGCUGCCCCAAUUCGGGGGCUACUGGAUUGAGGGCACCAACCAUGAGAUCACCAGCAUCCCUGAGACAGAGCCUCUGCAGUCACCCACCACCAAGGUGAAGCUGGAGUGCAAUCCCACAGCCCGCAUCUACCGGAAGCACUUUCUCGGCAAGGAGCAUUUCAAUUACUACUCACUGGACACUGCCCUGGGCCAUCUGGUUUUCUCACUCAAGUAUGAUGUCAUUGGGGAUCAAGAGCACCUGCGGCUGCUGCUCAGGACCAAGUGCCGGACAUACCAUGAUGUCAUCCCCAUCUCCUGCCUCACUGAGUUUCCCAAUGUGGUCCAGAUGGCAAAGCUUGUGUGUGAAGAUGUCAAUGUGGAUCGAUUCUACCCUGUGCUCUACCCUAAGGCCUCCCGGCUCAUCGUCACCUUUGAUGAGCAUGUCAUCAGCAAUAACUUCAAGUUUGGAGUCAUUUACCAGAAGCUUGGGCAGACCUCUGAGGAAGAACUCUUCAGCACCAACGAGGAAAGCCCAGCUUUUGUAGAGUUCCUGGAAUUUCUGGGCCAGAAGGUCAAGUUGCAGGACUUCAAGGGGUUCCGAGGAGGCCUGGAUGUGACCCACGGGCAGACAGGGACCGAGUCUGUGUACUGCAACUUCCGCAACAAGGAGAUCAUGUUUCACGUGUCCACCAAGCUGCCCUACACGGAAGGGGAUGCCCAGCAGUUGCAGCGGAAGCGGCACAUCGGGAAUGAUAUCGUGGCAGUCGUCUUCCAGGAUGAGAACACGCCCUUCGUGCCCGACAUGAUUGCAUCCAACUUCCUACACGCCUACGUGGUGGUGCAGGCAGAGGGGGGUGGCCCAGAUGGCCCCCUCUAUAAGGUCUCAGUCACUGCAAGAGAUGAUGUGCCCUUUUUUGGGCCACCGCUCCCAGACCCUGCUGUGUUCAGGAAGGGGCCUGAGUUCCAGGAAUUUUUGCUGACAAAGCUGAUCAACGCAGAGUAUGCUUGCUACAAAGCUGAGAAGUUUGCCAAACUGGAGGAACGGACGCGCGUGGCCCUCCUAGAGACACUCUAUGAGGAGCUCCACAUCCACAGCCAGUCCAUGAUGGGCCUGGGCGGUGAUGAGGACAAGAUGGAGAACGGCGGCGGUGGAGGAGGCUUUUUUGAGUCUUUCAAGAGAGUCAUCCGGAGCCGCAGCCAGUCUAUGGACGCCAUGGGCCUGAGCAACAAGAAGCCCAGCACAGUGUCCACCAGCCACAGCGGGAGCUUCACGCCCAACAACCCUGACCUGGCCAAGGCAGCUGGAAUAUCAUUGCUUAUUCCCGGGAAAAGUGCGAGUAGAUUCGGACGCCGGGGCAGUGCCAUAGGCAUAGGAAGCGUGGAAGAGUCACUGAUUGUCCCCGGGAAGAGCCCCACAAGAAAGAAGUCAGGCCCAUUCGGCUCCCGCCGCAGUAGCGCCAUUGGCAUUGAGAACAUCCAGGAGGUGCAGGAGAAGAGGGAAAGCCCCCCAGCUGGCCAGAAGACCCCAGACAGCGGGCAUGCCUCACAGGAGCCCAAGUCGGAGAAUUCUUCUACCCAGAGCUCCCCGGAGAUGCCCACGACCAAGAACAGAGUGGACACGGCUGCCCAGAGAGCGGAAGUGCUGAAGGACUUCUCCCGCUCCUCGUCCAGCGCCAGCAGCUUCGCAAGCGUGGUGGAGGAGACGGAGGGCAUGGAUGGGGAGGACACAGGCCUGGAGAGUGUGUCAUCCUCAGGAACCCCCCACAAGCGGGACUCCUUCCUCUAUAGCACGUGGCUGGAGGACAGCGUCAGCACCACCAGUGGGGGCAGCUCCCCAGGCCCCUCGCGGUCACCCCAUCCAGCAGAUGCUGGCAAGUCAGGAGACCCCGCAUGUCCUGAGAUCAAGAUCCAGCUGGAAACCUCCGAGCAGCCCUCGCCCCCACUGGGCUGCUAGCCGGCUGCCUGCAGGAAGGUAGACAGAAGAUGAGGCCACAGAAGCACAAGGUGAAGAUGCUGUGCCAAGUCCAUGUUUGGGGCCCUCAGCCCUCUCCUCAGACCACCCAUCUGGGCUGUCUCUGCAGGGCAGAGCCACCCAGAGCUGGGGGUGGGUGCUGCUGGCAUCAUCCCCACCCUGGGCUGGGGUCUGAGUUUGGAAAGGGAUCUGGUCAGUUGGAUCAAGACUGCAGGUCUGGCAUGACCCUACCCUGGGCAUCUCUGGGGGCCCCUCUGCAGUCAGAGGGAGAGACAGAAGAGGAAGAGGAAGAGUUCAGUGGACACAGAUCCCUGCAUCAGAGCAGCAGAUGGGCUGUGUGUAGAGUGAACCCUGGGCUGGGAGCGUUGGCUUCUGAUUUGGAUUCUGCUGUGUGACUGUGGGCACGCCAUUCACCUUUGCUGGGCAUCUGCUGAGAAUGGUGGCUGUUCUGCUAGAGGUGGCUGAAGACUGUGAUUUGCACCUGCCUCAGCAGGGUCACUUCUCCUUGGGCCCCCCCAUUACCCCAACCCCCUUCUUGAGGUCCUUGAGGCCCUGUGUAGGCUAAGGGGCUGGGAGCUGGCUGGACCCAUCGCCCCUCCUGGACCCUCCAGCUCUGCCACAGUUCUGCCAAGUCCCUGUCCACUGCCUACAUGUGACAGACCAGGGCCCCCUGUGGGGAGGAAGACCACCCUGGUAUCUCAGCCAGCACCCAGCUUAACCCCUGUCACCUCACUCCUGGCCACUCUGGGCAGAGGAGUCUCAAUGGGCCUGAGUUCAGGUCUCAUCCACCUGCCCCCCCCCCCCCCCCCCGCCCUGUGGAGGAGCCCGCCAGGCACAGCUGCUGUGAGCCCGUGUCAUCGUGUGUGUCCGCCCACACUGUAGGUGCCACGCCAAAGGCCAGCCCCCGUGGCCGUGUGUGUCAGUAACAGUUGUACAAAAUAAAUUCUAUUUAUCGCU